AUGGUCAAUGUUAUAACGACAAAUCCGUUACCUUUGUUUCAAAUACGGUUGGAAAACGAUGAUCUUACAAUGAGCGGGUCUCAAUCUGAAUCAGUCGGUUGCAUUCUGCGUGGACAACUCGUUCUGGCAAUUACUGAACCUGUUAAGGUCAAAGUAAUUAAGCUUACAUUCCAAGGAAAAUCAAAAAUCUCAGUGAAAAAAGAAAGCGAUACAAAUGUGACUGAUUAUUGCGAGGAAAGAAUAUUAUAUCAACAUGAUUGGGUCUUCCUCUCUGCACAAAAUAAAUACCAA